UGUUGCGUUUAGUUUAGAUGCUACAAGCAGGCUAUUUUGGUUUACAGGGAAGUUGGGAUAAGGUGUAAGCCAUUGUGGAAAGCGGGAAUUUUCCUCUUUUCUGGUUGCAUUUUAAUAGUGCUGUUUGGGAUUGCAAGAGCGGUUGAAAUAACGCUGUAAAUCAUAUUUUUUAGCCGUGUUCCCCCUUUAUUUAUUUUUUAUUUUUUUGCGAUCAUGCAGAGGAGACGGACUAUAAACUUGUAUGGGUGGGCAGUGGUUAUAGUUGCGGUUUUGAAUCAACGUUGCUGUCAUGGAAGUUGUCCGGAGAAAGAGCUUGAGAAAAGGGAAGAGGAGGCGAACAUCGUUCUCACUGGAACUGUGGAGGAAAUCAUGAACAUGGACCCGGUGCACAAUACGUACUCCUGCAAGGUGCGGGUGUGGAGGUACCUGAAGGGGAAGUCCAUGGUGAACGGCGAGGUUCUGCUCGACGGCGGGAACAAGGUGAUGAUUGGCGGCUUCGGCGACCCGGGGAUCUGCGACAACCAGGUGGCCACCGGGGACACCCGCAUCUUCUUCGUCAACCUGGCCCCGGCCUUCAUGUGGCCGGCCCACAAGAACGAGCUGAUGCUCAGCUCCAGCCUGAUGAGGAUCACCCUGAGGAACCUGGAGGACGUGGAGCACUGCGUGGAAGAUCAUAAAAUGAUCAAUGCAGACAAGCCUGUUCACUUCACCCCGCCCCAGCCUCUAGACGGCUGCCGCGGGAUGCUGUGUGGCUUCGGGGCGGUGUGUGAGCGGGACCCCAGCGACCCCUCCAGGGGCAUGUGUGUGUGUAAGAAGAUGGUGUGUCCGUCGAUGGUGGCCCCCGUGUGCGGCUCCGACUCCUCCACCUACUCCAACGAGUGUGAGCUGGAGAGAGCCCAGUGCAGCACGCAGAGACGCCUGAGAGUGCUGCGCAAGGGGCCCUGCGCGCUGAAGGACCCCUGCAGUGCGGUGAGCUGCAGCUACGGCAGCACCUGUGUGCAGUCCCCCGACGGGCUGUCGGCCCGCUGUGUGUGCCCGCAGACCUGCGAGGGCCGGCCGGAGCAGGUGGUGUGUGGCAGCGACGGGCAGGACUACCGCAGCGAGUGUGAGCUCAACAAGAGGGCCUGCGACCUGCAGAGGAACCUGCAGAGGAAGCACCUGGGGCCCUGCGACCCCUGUAAGGACAGCCAGAACAACCUGAACGUGGCGUGCCGGGUGGAGCCGCGCACGCGCCGGCCUGUGACCUUCGCCCCCCCGGAGGCCUGCCCGGCGGACAGGGAGCCGCUGUGCGCCAGCGACGGGCACACCUACGACAGCGAGUGCAGGAUGAGCCGCACCGCCAUGAUGAGGGGCGUCCACCUGAAGAAGAUCCACUCCGGGAGGUGCAGGAAGCAGGAGGAGUGCCGGGAGGAGUGCAAGUUCAACGCGGUGUGUCUGGUGGAGCGUCUGGGCCCCCGCUGCUCCUGUGAGCCCAUCCAGUGCGACGGCACCUACCGGCCGCUGUGCGGCAAAGACGGCCGCACCUACGUCAACGACUGCGAGCGCCAGCGGGCAGAGUGCCUGGCCAAGGCCCACAUCCCCAUCAAGCAGCAGGGCCCCUGCGACCUGCACGCGCCCAGCCCCUGUGUGCGGAAGAGCUGUGCGUUUGGGGCGGAGUGCGUGGUGAAGGACGGUGAGGCGGUGUGUGAGUGCCCGGACCCCUGCCCGCCCGGCCGGGACCCUGUCUGCGGCACCGACGGCCACUCCUACGCCAGCCGCUGCGAGAUGGCCGCCAUGGGCUGUGCCCUGCAGAGGGACAUCCAGACCAAGCACCGGGGGCCCUGUGCGGAGCCCUGCCGAAACUGCUCCUUCGGGGCGAUCUGUGACGGGCAGACGGGGCGCUGCGUGUGCCCCAGGGAGUGCGUGCAUUCCCACCAGCCCGUGUGCGGCAGUGACGGGAACACCUACAGCAAUGAGUGUGAGCUGCACGUGAGAGCGUGCACACAGCAGCAGGACCUGAGGGUGGCCGCGCAGGGAGAAUGCAAGAUGUGCGGGGGCGCGGUGUGUGCGUGGGGCGCGCGCUGCGUGCAGAACAGGUGCGAGUGCCCGCAGUGCGCGGGCCGGCCGCCCUCGCCCGUGUGCGGCAGCGACGGCUUCACCUACGACAGCGCGUGCGACCUCCAGGCCACGUCCUGCGUCAUGAAGCGGAGGAUCGAGGUGGCCAAGGCCGGCGGCUGCGACGAAGAGUGCGGCUCUGGGGGUUCUGGCUCAGGGGCGGAGGGGGGCUGUGAACAGGACCGCUGUCGGACCUUCGGAGGCUCCUGGGACGAGGACGCCGAGGACGACCGCUGUAUGUGCGACUUCACCUGCCUGAGUGUGCCACGCAGCCAGGUGUGUGGCUCGGACGGACGCACCUACAGCAGCGAGUGCCAGCUGAAGAAGACCCGCUGUGAGAGGCAGGAGCACCUGCUGAUCGUGGGCCAGGGACCCUGCUCAGCUUCAGCCACAUCUCCACCUGGCUUGACCCAGGCGCUGCAUUGCAGUCAGACGGUCUACGGCUGUUGCCGUGACAACAUAACAGCAGCCCUAGGAGUGGGCCUGGCUGGUUGCCCCAGCACGUGUCUGUGUAACCCCUACGGCUCGUACGGGGGCUCCUGUGACCCCAGCAGUGGGCAGUGCUCCUGUAAGCCCGGCGUGGGGGGGCAGAAGUGUGACCGCUGUGAGCCCGGCUUCUGGAACUUCAGGGCCAUCGUCACGGAGAACAUGAGCGGCUGCACGCCGUGUCACUGCGACGCUCUGGGCUCGGUGCGGGACGACUGUGAGCAGAUGUCGGGGCUGUGCUCCUGUAAGACGGGGGUGAGGGGCAUGAAGUGCAGCGUGUGCCCCGACGGCUCCCAAAUGGACGCCAGCGGCUGCAACAGAGGUCCCGAUGCUAAGGUAUCCUGCGAGGAGAUGGAGUGCCAGUUUGGGGCGUCUUGUGUGGAGGCCAACGGGCGUGCCCACUGCGAGUGCCCCUCUCCCGAGUGCGGAGAGGAGAACAAGACCAAGGUGUGCGGCUCUGAUGGGGUCACCUACGCAGACCGGUGUCAGCUGCAGACCAUCGCCUGUCGACAGGACAAACACGUCAGCGUGAAGCACCCGGGCCAGUGCACAGAAACCAUCUUACACCCUGGGCCGGCCACCAGACCCACCCCCUCCCCAAACACCCCCCGCGCCACACCCUCCACCGCCCACGUCAGGGUCACCAUGCCCCGCCAUGGCCACUCCUCCACGUCACGCUUCGGGGAGGGGGCGGAGGACCCGAGAGAGAGGAACGCUCUGCCCCCCUCGUGGGUGGAGGCCCUCCCGCCGCCGCCCGGGGUCACGGAGAAACCCGGCAACCCUCCCAUCCCCACCCACCGCUCCACCGCCCACCACAAACCGCCCCGCACGACACCCCCCUCCGCGGGCUCCGCCCCCCGCCGCGUCUCCCCUGCCUCCCCGUACGAGGACUCGGGGAGCGGUGAGCCCAGCGGCGACGACGACGAGGAGGGUAGCACCGCCGCGGAGGCUAGCGGGGAGGAGCCAGUCGAACCCACGGCGGCCGUGGCGGUGACCACUCCCCCGGCGGUAGAGCCCCGCUCCUCGUGCGACAACACCCCCUUCGGGUGCUGCCCCGACGGCCGGACGGCAGCCAGCGGCUCCGAGGGAACCAACUGUCCGCCCACCAUGAAGUUCAACGGCUUCCUGCACCUGGACCAGGUGGAGGGCCAGGAGGUGUUCUACACCCCCGAGAUGGAGGACCCCAAGUCGGAGCUGUUCGGGGAGACCGCCCGGAGCAUCGAGGCUGCGCUAAAUGAGUUGUUCCGGAAGUCAGAUGUCCAGAAGGAUUUCAAGAGUGUUCGGGUCCGGAAUCUGGCCCCCAGCAACUCUAUCCUGGCUUUUGUCGAAGCGCACUUUGACCCAGACACAAGGUACACGGUGGAGGACAUCGAGGGAGCUCUGCUCAGGCAGCUCAAGGCAGCGAAAGAGCCGGCCAUUUUAGUGAAGAAACCAGAGGAGGACAACAUACGGUUCAGCAACUAUGGUCUAUCGACCCUCCCCUUCUUCACCACGACCACCACCACCACCACGUCCACCGUGACCACGCCCACAACCACCGCCAUGUUGUCCCCCACCGUCGCCAUGACGACCCGCCGCCCGGGCACCACCCGUCGCCCCUCCCCCGGCCGCAGGACCACGACCGUCGCCCCGGCGGCCACGCCCCGCAGUGCCACCGCAGCGCCUCCGCCCACCACCGUGCCCCAAGCCAUCACCCGGCCCGCACCGCUCCCCAAAAAGGUCUCCCGCCCCUGCGACUCCCACCCCUGCCGUCACGGGGGCACCUGCGAGGAGGACGCCGGCGACUUCACCUGCACCUGUCCCGCGGGCCGAGGAGGCGUGGUCUGCGAGAAAGUGAUUAAAUACUUCAUCCCCUCCUUCGGGGGGAGGUCCUACCUGGCGUUCCCCACCAUGAAGGCCUACCACACGGUGCGCAUCGCCAUGGAGUUCAGGGCCUCGGAGACCACCGGCCUGCUGCUCUUCAACGGGCAGAGCGGGAAGAAGGACUUCCUGUCACUGGCGCUGGUGUCCGGCCAGGUGCAGCUCAGGUUCAACACAGGCUCUGGGCCCGGCACUCUGCUCAGUAAGGUCCGCGUGAGGCCGGGCCGCUGGCACCAGCUGGUGGUGACGAGGAACCGGCGUAACGCCAUGCUGAGCGUGGACAACGAGCCCCACAUCGAGGGCGAGAGCCCCCCCGGCACCGACGGCCUCAACCUGGACACCAACCUCUUCAUCGGGGGCGUGCCGGACGAGCUGCUGCAAGACGUGAGGGAGAGGACCUCCGUGUCCGUGGGCCUGGUGGGCUGCAUACGCAUGCUGGACGUCAACAACAUGGUGUACAACCUCCAGGAGAAGGGCGGGGACGUGAUGUACGGCACCGCGGUGGGCGAGUGCGGGAACAACCCCUGCCAGCCCGACCCCUGCAGGAACGGGGCGGUCUGCCUGGUCCGCGAGGCCGAGAUGUUCCACUGCCGCUGCAUCAACGGGUUCUCAGGUCCAACGUGCGCAGAUGCGCAAAACCCAUGUGACCCCAACAGGUGUCACCCGUCCUCUCAGUGCCAGGUGCUCCCGGAGGGCGGCUACAAGUGCGACUGUCCAAUGGGGCGCGAGGGAACCCACUGCGAGAAAGAGUCCAAGAAUGACAAGAAUGAGGCCUACAUGCCCUUCUUCACCGGAGAUUCCUACUUGGAGCUGAAGGGCCUGCAGACAUACGGGAACGAUCUGCAGCAGAAGGUCAGCAUUGCCGUGGUCUUCCUGGCCAACGACUCCAAUGGCAUGAUCUUCUACAACGGGCAGAAGAACGACGGCAAGGGCGACUUCAUCUCACUGGCGCUGAACGAUGGAAUCCUGGAGUUCAGAUACGACCUGGGCAAGGGGCCCGCGGUCAUCAGGAGCAAGGACAAGAUCCAGAUGAACGUGUGGAACACAGUGAACCUGGAGCGAGCCAAUCGCAAAGGGGAGAUCAGCGUUAAUAACCGGGACCAGGUCAGAGGGGAGUCUCCGAACCAGCACACGGCUCUCAACCUCAAAGAGUCUCUGUUUGUGGGCGGAGCUCCGGACUUCAGCAAGCUGGCCCGAGCGGCCUCGCUCAAAGACGGCUUCAAGGGGGCCAUCCAGAAGAUCACUCUCAUGGGCUCUCCCAUCCUCAAACGGGAAAACGCCCUGCGCGCCAGUGACGUGUCUGCGUUCCCCCACCACCCCUGCACCCGGGACACGUCCCACGACGUCUGCCAGCACGGGGGGCUCUGCACCCCGGCCCUGGACAGCUACGAGUGCGUCUGCCAGCACGGCUUCUCUGGGGCCAACUGCCAGAACGCUAUCAUUGAGAAGUCUGCAGGAGAGACAGAGUCCAUCGCCUUCGACGGAUGGACGUUCAUCGAAUAUCACAACGCCGUCACCAAGAGUCAACUGAACAAUGAGCUCCCAGAUCCUGAGUCGCUGGAGAACCCAUCCGAAGAGAGUGAGAAGGCGCUGUUGGUCAACAGGUUUGAGCUGAGCAUAAAGACGGAGGCGACGCACGGGCUGAUCCUGUGGAGCGGUAAAGGCGUGGAGCGCUCGGACUACAUCGCCCUGGCCGUGGUGGACGGGCGCGUGCAGAUGACCUACGACCUCGGCUCCAAGCCUGUGGUGCUGCAGUCGUCCGUGCGGGUCAACACCAACCGCUGGGUCCACAUCCGGGCCAGCAGGUACUGGGCACUGAGAGACGGCUCCUUGCAGGUGGGUAACGAGGCGGCCGUCACUGGGUCCUCUCCCCUGGCUGCCACUCAGCUGGACACAGACGGGGCCUCUGGUUGGGUAAGUGGCUUGGAGGAGUCGUCGGUGGCGCGCAGACUGCCCAAGGCCUACAGCACAGGUUUUGUUGGCUGUGUGAAGGACGUGACUGUGGAUGGCAUGGACCUUCACCUGGUGGAGGACGCCUUAAACAAUCCCAAAAUCCUACACUGCUCCGCCAAAUAGCCUGGAGCCACCUCCCCACCGAUGCCAUGUCUACUGCUGUAAUUAUUUUCUAUUUUUGUAUACUUUUCAUUGCUUUUGUAUUGGAAAUACAUUGUUUUGUUUUUUUUGUUUUGUUUUUUGUUAUAUAUUUUGUUUCUUUUUUUCCACCCAUCCCUCCUUACAUUAAAAAAAAAAAACCCUUCUCCAAAUGUACACAUGGUGUCAAGAAACACAAAAAAGGUUAUGUAUAUUAAUUUUUGUCGUCUUCAAGAAAACCAUGCUCAUUACUUGAAUUGUGGCGAAAGACAUUGGUGCCAUUGUCGUCCAUUUUGCCUUCUUCUGGUGCCAUAGAUUUCUCUUUGGCUUUUGUGACCGCAGUCUCCACGUAUUACACUGUGAGCAGGUGCUGCAGAUGAGCAAUCUCCAUUUUGAGAUCAUAUACUGUAGACUAAUGUUUUGACCUCAGCCUCACAGCAAGAAAAGGAAGCAUCACUUGUGACAAACGUAGAAGUAUUGUUGGGAUUUGUGCUCCCUGAAGGAAAGUGCAGAGGUGAUUUAGCUGUAGCAGAAGAAUCAGCUUUCUUGGAAUGGAUGCCCCCAUCGUGUCCCACUUACCACAUACAGCAGUCAUGCCCCUCCUAUUAUCCACAUAACUAACCUUAUAAAUAUCUAUAAAUACAGUAUAUAUUUUUAUGCGUAUUUUCAAUCCCAUUCAUUAUAGAUCUUUGAAGCCAAAAUCACAACCAUUCGAGAAAAAAAAAUCACAUAUCACAAAAUAUGCAUUAAUCUUUUAUUCGUCGUUUUAUUUAAAAAAAUAAUAAUAAUGUAUUGACUAUAAAGAAAAUACCUGAAACUGUGAAUAUGUUACGUACAGUUUGUUUUGGGAUCUUUGUCACUGAUAUUUUGCGUAUCAUAUUUUAUAAAUAGGGAGAGCUCAGUUGUUGCAUGCUGCCGUUAGAAUUCAUGUUAAUCGGGUCUGGAUUUCCUUUCUCCGAAUAGUGCAUAUCGUCUUUUGCUCAGAAAAGAAUAUCAUUCUGGUGGCAUACAUUUCAAAGGAAACAUUGUGUAUUUCUAAAUAUUUGAGAUUUAUGGCAUUUUAUCUGCAUGCUUGACACCAUAUUUAAGGAAGGAAACACUGCUUUCUUAUUUAUAUUUUUCUUAAUUUUCUUUUGAUUUCUUCUUCAUUAAAUUGUGCCAAAAGUUCUCAUACCAUCACACCACAAGGAGGUGCUGUAGCACAGUUUGAAGUGGAAAGAAACAAGAGGAAGAAAGCGUGACGUGCAGAACUUCAAAAGGGGAAGGCAGAAAAUAAGAAUGAGAAUGUCACAUUUUUAAAACUGUAUGGAACUUAUUUUAUUUUUCUAAAGACAUCUGCAUUUCAAAAGCACUUGCUUUGGAAAUAAACUGAGAACUUGUUACAGCUAGACCCCUGCAUCCUCUGACCUGGGCCCUAAAACAGUGCAAAUAUAGUCAAACUGAUAAUGAUUACAACACAUUAAAAUAAUAAUGCAUGGGUUUGUAUUGUGAAGAUGAUGAUUUUAUAACUUGUAUGAAUAUAAAUGCAAUGGAAUGUGUUCUGUUGGCCCAAAGUGUGCUUUUUGACUGAAAUACGCGUUCAGAUUGAUUUUAAAGUAAUAUUCUAACAGUGAAAGACAAAAAAAAAAAAAGAAAUUACACAUGCUUGUAUGUAGUAGAUUCAAUGGUCCUGUAAAAGGGUAUUCAUGUUUUAUUAUGAAAUAUAUUUUUUAUUUCCCCCCAUGAGAGAUCAUUUUUGUACAGCCCUGCAAUUUGAAGUGUAAAUUAGCAAUGUGUAAUUGUGGAGGUCUUUUUUUAGUAUUAUACACUGGAACAAAGUCUAACUUGUCCUGGAGAAUACACUAAGCUUAUGUUAAUGUUUCUAUGUCUCAGUGGAGGGGGGAGGGGUAAAAAUAUAUUUAUGUAUCUAUAUUUUGAGUGUUAUUGAGGGGGGUUCUCAUUAUGUCUCAUAAUGUUAGCCAAGGAGCCUGUGAUCUGUGCAUCAGCUACGAGGAGCUAAGCAGCCCCUGCACUCAACUGUACACAUGUACACUUUUAAAAUAAACAUUGCAGGCUAGGAAAUGUAGCUAAACCUAAUUUAAUUAUUUUCACACAUUAUUUUUGUUUGUCUUUUUUCAGUCUCUCUUUAUCAUGUAACAGCAAUGGCUGUGCAUAAAUUGAAAUGUGCAUUUGAAGGCUAUUUGGAUCAGAUGACAAAUCAACACAUCAUUUGGGUUCAUGAAAAGACCCGGGCAAAACUAAAAACAAAAUGACCCAACAACAAUAAAAAAGAAAAAAAAUGUCUGGAUGAAAACUUAAGAAUUGCCUUAAAACCUACAGAUCACCAGACACCGGUGAGAGCUGUAUCCAUGCAUUUCUGCGCUCUUACUUUAGACUGUAAAUUGGUUCCAUCCACAUAAUGUAAAAUAAUACAUGAUGGUGAUAUUUAUGUUAGUAAUAAUUAAGCUCAGAGUGUCUUUGAGGUCACAUUUGUGGACAAAGGCAGUACGCCACACUUUUUUCUGUUCUUAAUUUGUGUCUCCUGUGGAUUCCCUGUCUGGCCUUCGUACUGUACAUGUAAACUAAUUCUGAUUGACACAUACCUGAAGGACAGUGCACAGAACAAUUGUGGCAUGACAUUCCCAUGACUAACUUUAUUACGUGUGUCUUGUGUUCCAACCACCAUGAAAUAAACUGUAAAGAAACCCA